GCUCGCGAUCAAAGUGUGCACAGGAGUUCUACCAGUUCUUGUGUCAACUAAAGAAUUCAUUAGUUUAAAGUUUGCGAAAAGAAGUCAAUAAGGUAAAAACAAGCAAACAAAAGUAGUCUCAUUUCGAUUCGCAAUCGCACCAUUAGGAGGCAAGUACAUAUCGAGUGGUUGUGUGGAAAGAACAUUCAAAACCUGCCCCAUUGCAUUGCUUCCGUUUAGGGAAAAGCGUUGGCGGUGGUUGGCGUACACUCAGCAGGUACCUACAUACCUCUUUGUAUCGUACUUGGCGAGAAAGGGUAGAAAGGAGUUUCGAGUUCUCACUGUGUUGGCCAGCUGAGCCUUCAGUAGCGUGGUUCACGUUGCGUUGGUAACGCCACAAAUAACACUAAUGCGCCCUUAUUACACCUUCGCUCGCAAAAAAGUACCAUGUUUUGUGUGACCACCGUCGUCUGUCGUUGAGUUUUUUCUUACGUUCAGUCGAAGUGUGAUUUCAACGGAUCUACACAUUUACAGUAGUCGUGCAAAUCAGCAAAAUAAACAAGUUUAUCUGACACAACAGCUGAUAACUAAUUUCGAACGGGGUGGCAAGUGAAAUGAAAGAAAAAUUUCGAACAUGUGCGAAUAAUUUCGAAGAACAAGAUAACAGUUUACGACCCCGAAAGAUUCGACUGCGUUGAAAUUCAAGCAAUAAAGUAGAGGUAGUGCACAUUUUGCGUAAAAUGAGUGGUGAAAUAAAGGGAAAAAGACAAUUUUAAGCCGGUUGCUGAGUAGUUCGUGACAGGUUGAAUACUAACUUUCAACUAUUAACUGAACGAUUGCAGCAGCAGUGAAUAUAAAGUGUGAUUUGUAUGCGAAGUAGGUAAUCAAAAGGCGAACCUCACUGUUUGGAUAAAAUCAGUUUCAAUUUGCAGGGACGAAGUCCGCCAAGCUCGAGUACACGGAUUCGAUCGAUUCGUGGCCUGCCUCGGCUGCCUACCUGUUUGUCGUCGUGCACUAUUAUGGAAUAUGACGCGGCAGAGCGGCACUGAUGGCGAUGUUGGUGUUGCGAGGACUCGCGCUUCGCAGUUGAUGGAAGGUGUGCGAAGGUCGGUUUGAAGUUGCGGCUCCUGCGAGGUCGCCUGUUCCUAGUACAUACAGUCUGUCAGUUUAUUCAUCCGCUAGCGGAGGGAUUUAUCGUCGUGAGUGAGCCUUGCUCCAAAGUAGAGUAUAAUCUAAAAGUGACGGUUUAUUAGUUUACCUUAUCUUAAACGUCCGGAGCGUGAAAGCAUACAUGCGACCGGUUCUGCUGCCCCAGUGAAACGUGACGGAAUUUAACGAGCAUCGAUUUAUUUUCGAGUGAUAAAAUUUUUUACUAGAUAGUGAACUUGUUCAGAGCAGUGAAAGGUCUGUCCGAGUUAGUUAAUGUUAUUUUUUUUUGUGGGUGCCAUGUUUAAAAAUAAAAAUGAAUGCAGUCAGUUGAUUGGUCAUAACUCGUUUGUAGAUAACAAGUGAUGGAAAAUGAAGUAUUCCAGGAGAAUUUGCAUUGAAUAACAUAGCGCGGAGAAGAGAAGAAUAUAUAAUCAAUCAAUUGUAAAAUCGAGGUAUAUAUCUACUGAAUAUGGAACGUAGCCAAACGAUAAUAAUGGAUAACGAUGAAGCCGAUACGGAUAUGAGCGAUACAUCGCAGAACAAGGCAGAGUACGAUCUGUCCCAUAAAACGGCCAGGCAUCCAGAGGAGCAAGCUAGCGACGAGGACCUGACCGGCGACUUCAAAGAACACCACUAUGAAUAUCGCUAUGAUGGCAGCUGGCCUGACAACAACCUGAACGAAAAAGAACAACAGUACGUCGACCAGGAGAAGGACGAUCCGGUCUACGACGAGCAGUACAAACCGGUCGUCGAUCCGUUCCUGCAGAUCCCCGAACCGCCGCCGAAUCUCGAACUGCGCCAAUGUCCGAUAUGCUCGCGAAACUUCGUACCGCCCUCGUUGUCCAAACACAUCUCCAUCUGUGAGCGGAUGCAGACGAAAAAGCGAAAACCCUUCGACUCUUCCCGCCAGCGACGCGAGGGAACCGACCUAGCCUCGUACCUGCCGAAGAACUUCGGACUGCCCCACAAUCACCCACAGGCCAGAGUUUCGCCACCAAAAACGACAAACCCCAUUCGAAAACUGAGCACAAGCAAAACGCCCACAAUGGAACGCAAAGACUACAUGGGUGUGAGUCACGCCAACAACAAUAUGUCCAAAUCCCAAACGCUACCCAGCACAUCAUCGACCGGAGACAGUUCAUGCACUGCAACGACGACCCCUCGGCCUACCCUGAAAAGGAGUCUUUCCCAGCAGAACGAACCGUGUCCAUAUUGCGAGCGUUGCUUCGGGUUCAAAGCGUACGACCGGCACGUGGAAUGGUGCCGUGAGAAGGCACUGCUCAAUAAAAACAUCCAUAACAGCCAGACGAUUUCCGCUGCCAAAGAACGGCUCAACGCUCGUAUUCAGUACAAAGCCCCUCAAAUUAGUGGAACUAAUGCAAAGUGUUUCAUUCCAUCAAGGUCGAAACGUGCCUUAAACCGAGAGAAAUACUCGGGCAGUCUCAGCUGUGGUGGUUCCACCAACAGUCUAGCAGAUUUGGACCUUCCGCUUCCUAGGCAUCAUCGCAGCCAUCUCAACUCGAUGAGUUCUUCCAUUUCCAGUGAUAACAAAUCCGAUCACUCCGGUUCGUUGAAGAAGGCACCCUCCAUCGGCCAAUUCAACACAGCCACCGCAUCAAAAGCGGCGAAAGUCACGAAAAAAAUUCGGGCCAAUCUAAUGGAGAACGAGAACUUUAGAAAUGACUUCGGUAAUGACCAGCAGGGACAUGGAACCAACAAUUUUGGCAACAAUCUGAUCAUCAGGCCAGCCCAGGAUGUGCGGCGAGAAAAGGAACAAUCCGUCGGCAAGCUGGAAAGGGUUGGUCAUGGGGAGCACCGCGUUCCACUGAAGCGUGGCGCCAACAAGAACGUAAAGUGCAAUAAGAGCGGAUACAGCCCGGACCGGUACGAUCCGUUCCUGUCCGCCAAAAGACAGCUAGAGGAAUUGUUCUCGCCAACUUCCGGCUACACUACGUCAACUCCACGACAACAGACGCCAAACAACCACGUGACAACUCCAGUGACUCCUACUGCUGCCAUGAGUAAAUCAGUAACAACUCCUACGAACAAAACAUCUCCGAUUAUAAGUUCCAACUUUCGACGAGCCUCGUCCCUCAGAAUGCCCCGGAAAGUCUCCCGACCGAUGUACAUAGAGAAAGCCAAAUCAAACAUUCAAAAAGGCAUCACAGAUGAUGGUCCAGUUUCCCCGAACUUUCUCAAGUCAUCCGAAUACGAUGAAAUACCGAUCAAAUCAGCGUUUAAUGCACUGCAAAUGGCGGAGAAACCAAAAAUGAGAGAUUCGAGUACGACGCGGAAAAAUCUCAAGCUCGAAAUUAAAGAUCCCAAUCGACCAGCUACAGAUCUUCAUCUGUCCAAAACAGACUCACUUGCCGCUUUUCUGAAGUAUGAGCACGAACUGAACUUGGCAGCCAUGAGUGAGAAAGACAAAAAAGACAAAAGUAACAGUUUGAGUAAGAGGUCCUCUUCGCUCGGCGGACAAGAGCGGAAGGAUGCUAUGCUGUACGCCAACGUUACCGGUAAUGGGCUGAAGAGUGAACAAACACCACGAGAUGAGAAAGAAAAAUCGGAACAGAUACUUCAAGAUAUACAACCGUUUAAGAAACAUCCGCAAAAACUUGUACCCAUCAAAUUAGAACCCAUUAACAUUUCUUACAACAAUAACAACAGUCACAAUCACAACAGUAAUAUUAAAAAUAAUAUUAAUAAUAAUACCAAUAAGCACACAAAUAACAAUAAUGAUAGUAACAGCAGUCGUAACGUUAUUAGUAAACCAACGGUAAUCUCUCUGGAUGCGAUACUAGGUAAAAAACCGAAGCCUCUACCGGAGGAUAAAGAGAAUCGCAAGGAAUCGAACCUUAUCGAUGCGCAGUCGAUCAACAAUCGCGAUAAUCUCACCGUGAUUGCAACCAAAAUAUCUUCAUCAGAGUCGGACUCUAGUGUGAAGACGUUAGAAGUAUUGCAACCGACUCCGGGUCCGAACCGUUUGGCUGAGUUAUCGAGCAGUUCCACAGAAACAGCUAGCAGCGACAACAGCCGCGUUGAAGUUCCACCAAAAAUCGACAACAGACUUAACGACAGCAGUACAAAGAGUGAAUCCGCCGACAAAAGACCGACUUUGACCAGACAAAAUGGAACUACGAGCGCCAGUAGCAGUAGAGAUGCAAGUCGAGAAGAGAGUCCGGCCGAACAACAGCCGCAUAAUAUAUUAACAAAAAACCAAAGCCAAUCAGAUGAUGUCAAGCCACAAACACCCGAUGUUCCCGGAUUGGAACGAAAGAUUCCGAAACCGUCCACCCCGAUAACGGUCCAGAAGAAACCUGAACGACCCCCUCUUCCAUCCUUCGACGACUUUGACUUUGACGAGUUUAUAUCCUCCUUCGAAGAGGAACGACGCUCCUUCAAAAACGCCUUCUACUCUCGUAACGUGAAACCUAGUAGUAGUAGUAGUAAUAGUAGCAAUAGUAAUAGGAACAUCAAUCAGCAUGCCAACAUUACGAACAAUGAUAGUCCUACUAAUGUAAAGAGUGUUGCUAGUUUGAAUGGUAGUAAUAGUAGUACUGGUAGUCCUAGUCAUUUCACUUCCCCAAACAGCCAUCCUGACUACAAAAGUUUCGAUAACCAUGCUAGAUCUGAAGGGGUGGACACUACACGCCAAAUGUUACAACCGCAGCAGUCACAGGAGCCACCACAAGUGCCACGACGUCAGUUCCCAACAGAGCAGAUUCAGGCUACGUCGAACCACACAACCCGAAACCUUCCAAGUAUCGUGACUAACCCUGGCACGGUUCCAGUUGAAGCUCCAUCAUCUGAUACUAAGUCGCACAAAACGGAUCGCAUGGCUCCCAUCGUAGGUUAUGGACUGCAUAACGAUAACAAUAAUAACAUGAACGGAAGCCCGCUCACCGUCAGGACCAACCCAUUUGUGUCACGCCACAGCAACGGUAACAAUUUUAACCAUCAUCCUUCAACCGUCCCACAACAGCCAUAUCAACAACAUGCAUCGCCAGUGAACAACAACAACACGAUUUCAACACGCCUCGUGCCACAGACAUAUACGACUCCGUCUCCACUUUUCGAACACACAGCCACCCGUCAGUCUCCGCUGGGUACCGUCAACGGUGUUGGUAACACUGUAGGCGGUAAUGGCACUGGUGGGGGAGGCAGUGGUGGUCGUAUCAUGUUUGACGAUCUCUCUCCAACAGAGCGAGACUUGAUGAAAAGUGUUCAGGAGCUGGAUCGGAUGUGCGAGUCAUCUUCCUCGAUGUACCCUGCCGAUUCCGAUGAGGUUUCCAGUGUCGAGGGAUAUCCACUGUCCAAUUCAACACGAGGUCAUCACCACGAAACUGGCGGCCGAUCCCACCAGCGACCAAGUGCGGAAGGAUCCAAGUUUAGUGCCGAUUCGGCUUAUGGCAGCAGCUUGUCCCGUCAGUCACCGCCAGAGCCGCAGCAUCACACUAUACGGCGGGCGUACCAUCAUCGGAGCGGUAAGUCCACCACCACUAGUCAGCAGCAGGACCCGUUCGAUAACUCGAGCGGUUCCGAGUCGUCUCUGCCACCGAUUACGGCCACACUCAAAACGCAGAAGGUGGAACUGCACUCGCACAAGGAAUCAAGAGUUGGCGGACCCGUUGUGCCCAUGUCGAAAUUUUGCCACGAAUGCGGUUCUCGCUUCACAAUCAAUACGGCCAAGUUCUGCAUGGAGUGUGGCAUCCGGAGGAUUAUGUUGGAUUAAUAAGAUAUUUGUAUCAAAUGUUAGGUGAAGUUUGCACAUUGUUUUUUUUACCCGUUGGUUUGCAUCAUUCUUGUUAGGAACAUUUUGAAUUGUGAACAAUAAAAUUCAAGUGACAUUUCUUUCAGUUCAAGUAGAAGCUACCUAUAUUUUCUUAUACUGUUAAUAGCAUUACAGUUUAUUCAUUUAUAAGUUACCAAAUCGAUCGUAAAUAACAAUUUGAUUAAAAAGGAGAAAAAACAAACGAAAAAACAUUAACAAAGACUGAACCUAUAAGCGUCAAACAUGUAGAAAACUAACCCCUAUAAUGUAGUAUAAACUUGCAUCUGAUACUAUUUUCAGUGAGGAAAUUGACAACGUACAUCUUUAAAAAGUCUUUAAUUAUACAGAUGCAGGAAACACGAGUGCUUCAGUAUGAAUACGUCUGUAAAAUAACGAAUAAAACCCGGUGUUUAACGAUGCAUUUUAACUUCCAGUUUAACAGAACCCAAUAAAAAUUAAAUAAAA